UUUGUUUCAACCUUGGAGGUGCGAAGGAGAGCUUGGAGGUGCAAAGGAAAGCCAAUUGAACAAACAAUACGUUUGUUUCAACCUUGGAGGUGCGUAGGAGAGAACGACAGCCAUCGUCGUCUUGCGGAGACAACGGGGGAAGCGGCGGAGAAGCCGAGUGAAACCAAAGAAAAGAAAAAGAGAAAAGAAUAAUAGAAAAAUAUAUGCUUUGUCUUUCGUUAGCUGACACGUGGAGGAAAAACCUCUUUAGUUAUCGAUCACAAAAAUCCUUUCUUAAGGAUCGAUAACUCCCCUUUUAUUUAGUUUUCAUUUAAUUAAAUACCCAAUUAACUUUAAAACCCCAUUUAAAAUCCCCCGUUAAAGAUGCUCUAAGGUGGUUGAUGCAAUCAGGCAAAGGUCUUCGCAUCAUCUUCGAGAAACAAAAAUAUAUGUUAUGAUUUAAUAUGUUCACAAACCAAUUGCUGCAGAUAGGAACUGAGGCUCUAUUUCUGAAGCGAUGAUUUAGCAUAGAUGAAAGUUUAGUUUUCCGUUGAAAUAAUGACAUCAUUUAACAUUCUGCAAUAUAUGGAUGUAUGUCAUUUAAGAUUUAUGAUGAAGAGCCAUUGGUUGGGGGUUGGGGCAUAAGUGCCGAACCCAAAUUGAUCAGAAUUUCGUUGUAAUCAGACUUAAGAUAAUUUUUAGGGAAUUUUGCUAAAAAAAUGACAACUCAUCUUAGAUAUUGUCCCCUUAAAAUAAAAUCAACUUUAGGCACUUUUAGACAAUGACUAUCCUUACACUUUGUAAAAAUUCAUAUCAAUUUAAUGAGAAGUCAAAAAAGUAAAGAAAAAUACUAAAUCUAUACUAUUAUUUAUGAAGUGAUUUUGCUUAGUUGUCCUCUUCUCCAUGAUUUUAGGUAAUCUAUACUAUUAUUUAUGAAGUGAUUUUGCUGAUUUGUCACAUUCUCCAUGAUUUUAGCUAAUUUUGCUUAUUUAUCAUAUUCUUAUUAGUUUUUCGAUUAGAUCAUCAUUUUAUUAAUUUAAAUAAUGUAAAUAUUUCGAUUUCUAAUUAAUUUAUUAAUAUAAAUAAUAUAAAUAUUUUGAAAUUUCUAAUUAGAAUUAUGAUUAUAAUUAUUUUAACUUUCACAAUAUUUUUAUUAGUUUUUAGCUUAAAUCAUUAAUUCAUUAAUUUAAAUAACAUUACUAUUUCAAACUUUCUAAUUGGAAUUACAAUUAUUAUUAUUUUUAAAAAGAUAGGACCAAUUCUUAUUUUCAUAUGAUGUAAGAUGUUUUAAACUCUACUAGAUUUUGACACGCGCUUUGAAAGCACGAAUUAUAUGGUUUAUAUACGAAGUUGGAUAUGAGAUAGUAUUUUGAGUAUAUUGUGUAUUAUUAUGUUAUAAGUCGUAUUAUAUCGAAUACAUAAAUUUAUUUAAAAUUAUAUAACUUAUGAAUAGGUUUAUUCGAGAUUUUAUAUACACUCUUAUGUAACUCUUUCUUAAGUAUGAAAAUUUUACCUAAAUUUGAUAAACGAACCAAACCAAUACGAAAUACAGGUUGAGGUUCGGGAUUGGGAAAAAGUACCUAUUAGAUUUUUUGGACAUGCAGGUCUCUGUUGGACUCCGAGUACCCAAAGUACCUAGAAUGUUUUGUUCAUAUUAUGUAUAUUUGAGUAGUUUAUAUAUGUUAUGAGUAUAAAAAUAUUAUUGUAAAUUUUAGAUUUGCGUUUUCUGUUAUAGUUUCAGGUUUUGAGUAAAUUUCAAAUUUUAAAAUAUAUUUAAAAUAUUAGAUAUUUUUUUAAUGAAAGGGUCCUAAAUACUCAAACGGAGCUAGACUCAUUACGUAGCCAAAUUACAUAGUAAAUUUUACAGAUACUUGAAUUAUUGACUCAUACUGACCUGAAACUAAAAAGAACCGAUCUGAAAAAAAAGAAAAUUCAAAUACCUAGUUACUAUUAUUUAUGAAGUGAUUUUGCUUAAUUGUCCUCUUCUCUAUGAUUUUAGGUAACUUUUACUUAUUUAUCAUUGCUUAUUGCUUAUUUGUCAUAUUUUCAAUAAUUUAAUAUAAUUUAUUUAUUUGUCAUGUUUUCAAUAAUUAUAGUUUUGCUUAUUUUUCAUAUCCUCAAUAAUUUUUAUUAUUUAUUAUUUUUAUGUUCUUUAUAAUUCUAGUUAGUAAUUUUAUUUAUUUAUCAUAAUUAAAAUAAUUUUAGGUGGUAAUUUUAGUUUUGCUUACCUGUCAUAUUUUCCAUAAGUUUAAGUUAUUUUUAUUAAUUUCAUGUUUUAUUACUUUUAGAAUAUUAUUUGUCAUAUUCCAUGAUUUAAUUUAGGCUCAGUCAUUAGUUUCAAUAAAUAACUUUGUGAGUUGUUAGUUUUGAACAUAUUUCGUGAUUAUUUAAUAAAUGUUUUCAUUAUAUUCAUAGAUAACUAUUAUUAACGAGUAUUAAUUUUAUAAUUUUGUUCAUAUUAUGUUUACUUUUGAUAUUAAAUCUUUUAGUAUUUUAUUUAUUAUUUUUAAAAUGAAGCUUGCUUCUCUUUUUUACCACCGAAUUAUCUUAUGAAUCAAAAUAUAAGUCCAAAAAUAUAAUCUCUCGCGGUUAAAAAUUAAAAAAAAAAUACACCUUUUACUAGAUAUAUAUAAUUUAUUACUUUUAGUUUAUAAUUGUUUUAUUAAAUAGAAGUAUGUUUUUAAUUAUAGUAAAUUUGGUUAAUAGGUGUCAAUAUGAACUUCGAGGAAGAAGAAAUUCAUAUAAAAUGCAAUUAAGACUUUGAUGAAGAGGUGUUUGAUUUCAUAAGCUUCAUUAAUAAUUUGGUAAUUAUGGUUUAUUUGUAGAUUUACCGUCUAUAUUAUUUUUAAAGUAAUAACAAAACUUUAUUAGAUAAUUAUAAUGAAGAUACUUUUACAUGUGUAGUUUAGUGAUAGAAUAAAUAUAAGAUUUUACAAAUACCAACCAUUAUUUAUGUUGUCAUGUGAUAGAAAAAGUAAAUUAUAUCUCUACUUAAUUUGAUAUUUGAAACUAAUUAAAUAAUUUAGAUUAAAAUUAAAAAUUAUGCUAAAUUUUGAAUUAGUUGGAUAUAUAUUAGUGCGCACAAGUAUGCGGGCCACCAUCUAGUAUGAUGGUAAUAUACAUGUGUAUUUAGGAAAAAUAUAUUUGUUACUAAAUUGUUGUGUAAAGAGCCAUUUCAAAAAUUGUCUAAAGGUUGUAGAAGAUAUGAUCUUCCAUCUACGAUAAAUUUGAAAGAAUGAUUUGCAGAAAACACAGUAAUCUACUGGAACUAGAAAAACAUAAUAUGCUGCAUAUGUUUCCAUCUACUUUCGUAGAAUAUUCAAUCUAUUAUUUGUACUAUGUUCUAAAUGACGGCAGAUCUGGUCGUCUACACUUUUACUCAUGUCUACUAUUUUAUCUUUCAACUACUAUCAGCAGAAUAUAACAUCUACGGUAGUGGCGGAUCCAGAAUUCUUUUUACCAGUGUCAUAAAUUAAUUUAAUAAUUUAAAAUUAAAUAUUAUUUAAAAUAUUUAUUAUAUUUAAUAUAACUUUUAAUUUAUUUUAUUUUGUGAACAGUAGAAAAAUUGGCUAAAAUCGAUACUACGGUGGAGGUUUAUCUUCAAGUUGCAUGCGUCUCAUCUCCUUUGCAGAUGUCUUUGCCUGCUCUUCGUUUCGAUUCUUCAUCCGGUUGUUUCUCAAUCUGAUGUUUGAAUGGUUUGUGGCGAUUCGCUCCAUGUCUACGACUCAGAGGUCUGAUCGAGUCCUCGUCUCUCACUUGCUUCAUCAGAGGCUUCUCCUUGUCACUCCUUUGUCGAGUCCACUCCGCCAUUUCUGGGUAAUUUUGAAAAAGUAUUAAUUAAAGAGGAAAAGACAAAAAAUUUUAAAAAGUAGGUUAAUUAAUAACUUCAGUAGCAUACAAUUGUAAAUAAGUUACAAAACUAAGGGGUAUUUUAUUUUUGUAUUUCUCUUUUAAUAAUAUAGAUAUUUUAAUAGAAUAUGUAAAUUUAUAUCAGCUAGGUGUUUGAUCCGCAGAUGUGGGCAUAAAUAUUUUAUAGCUACUGAUUAAUACAUUCAUUACUAAAUAAAAACUAUAAUUUAUAUUAUAAUUUAUAUUUUCAUCUAAAAAUUAUUAUGUCUUAUAAUUGUUUGUAAUUUUCUUUGUUUACUACAGUAUAUUUAGGAAAUAUCUUCCUUUUUUAAACACAUCGAUCAUCUUUUCAAUUAUAUAAAAUUAAGAAUUUACUUGAUGAAUAUUUAAUUAUGUGUUUUUUUUUUUUUUUUAACUUUUAUUAAAAUAUUAUUUCAGAUAACAACACUAUAUGAUUGAGAUGUAUUUAUGUUUCACUAAUUAUAACUAAUUAACCAGUAAUAUGAUUCAGAUAAACUAUAAAUCUACUAUUCUAUCUGUUUCAUAAAAAUUGUUACUUAGACAUAUCUCAUACAUAUUAAGAAUAAUGAUUGAGAUGUAUUUAUGUUUUCAUUAAUUAUAACUAAUUAACCAAUAAUAUUUGAGAUAAAUAAAUUUAUUUAUAAAAUUAAUGCAUUUUUGCAAUUAAUAUUUAGCUAAAAGUGAUUAUAAAUUACAUUGAAAUUAUAGAAUGACCGUCUUUUUAUGUAACAAUAAAAAAAUGCUAAAUUGACACUUAUUCAGAGAUAUAGGAAGUAUAAACUUGUGUCCUGAACUAGUUUCUCAAUAAGGAUAUACAACCAGAUUAAUUCUAGACCAUCGGGUCAUAAUCUAGUUUCUCUUUAAAUUUAGGAUAAACAUGAACAGUUAGACAAUCGAUCAACCUUGUUGAAAAACUAAAAGUACAGAACAGAUGGAGAUUUGAAAAUAACUAGAUAAGAUUAGUUGAAUAUUAUAUUUUACUAAUUGAGAAACAACUAGAAAUUAGAAAAAUGGUGAUUACUUUCUAUCUUAUCAGAUUAUCUUUCUAAAUUUGCUCUAAAAGAUUCACUUUCCUUCUCCAAAUACGCGCUUUAUUCCUGUAUAAAUACCGACUUAGUUAAUCGUCUUGUAAUAUAACUACAUUUAACAUCAAAAGAAAAAUUAAGAAUGAGAGGUAAAUAUCUUUCUUUACUAGUGGUGCUGAUUGUCUUGGCCUGUAACGAAGCCAUUGCCAAGAACAGCUCUUCAACACCUAAACUGAAACGAAAUGAUUUCCCAAAAGAUUUUAUUUUUGGAUCUGCAACGUCUGCUUACCAGGUAGAAGGAGCAGCUCAUGAAGAUGGUAGAGGACCAAGUAUCUGGGAUACCUUCUCUGAAAAGUACCCAGAGAAGGUAAAAGAUGGUAGCAAUGGUUCUGUUGCAGACGACUCUUACCAUCUAUACAAGGAAGAUGUGGCUUUAUUGCAUCAAAUUGGUUUCAAUGCAUACAGAUUCUCAAUCUCAUGGUCUCGGAUCUUGCCUCGUGGGAAUCUAAAAGGAGGAAUCAACCAGGCUGGUAUUGACUAUUACAACAACCUAAUCAAUGAGCUUUUGUCCAGAGGAAUCAAGCCUUUUGCCACAAUUUUCCAUUGGGACACGCCGCAAGCCCUUGAAGAUGCUUAUGGUGGAUUCCGUGGCGCAGAGAUUGUGAAUGACUUCCACGAUUAUGCAGAUAUUUGCUUUAAACAUUUUGGAGAUAGGGUGAAGCAUUGGAUGACACUGAACGAGCCAUUGACAGUAGUGCAACAAGGGUAUGUUGCGGGUGUAAUGGCCCCAGGAAGAUGCUCCAAAUUUACUAACCCUAAUUGUACAGCCGGGGAUGGAGCCACCGAGCCUUAUAUCGUAGGUCACAACCUUAUCCUUGCUCACGGAGCAGCCGUCAGGGUCUACAGAAAAAAAUACAAGGCGUUACAAAAAGGUCAAGUCGGUAUUGCUUUAAACGCUGGUUGGAACUUGCCCUAUACAGAAUCAGCCAAGGAUAAGUUAGCCGCGGCACGCGCCACGGCCUUCACAUUCGACUACUUCAUGGAGCCACUUGUGACCGGUAAAUACCCGGUCGACAUGGUCAACAAUGUGAAAGGCGGUCGCUUGCCUACAUUCACGGCAAAGCAAUCUAAGAUGCUUAAGGGCUCUUAUGAUUUCAUUGGCAUAAAUUAUUACUCUUCAUCGUACGCGAAGGAUGUCCCUUGCUCCACUGAAAACGUUACAAUGUUCUCUGAUCCUUGUGCAAGCGUCACAGGCGAAAGAAACGGAGUUCCCAUCGGUCCAAAGGCUGCAUCGGAUUGGCUUUUGAUAUAUCCGAAAGGAAUUCGUGAUCUUGUCCUCUAUGCAAAAUACAAGUUCAAGGAUCCUGUCAUGUACAUAACCGAAAACGGUAGAGAUGAAGCUAGUACCGGUAAAGUUUUCCUUAAAGACGGUGAUAGGAUUGAUUACUACGCUCGACAUCUCGAGAUGGUUAAAGAUGCUAUCUCUGUUGGAGCAAAUGUGAAGGGAUUUUUUGCUUGGUCGUUGCUAGACAAUUUCGAAUGGGCAAUGGGAUACACGGUUCGGUUCGGGCUGGUUUAUGUGGAUUUCAAGGAUGGAUGUAAGAGAUACCCAAAGAAAUCAGCUCAAUGGUUCAGAAAGUUGUUGAAUGGGAAGAAAAGCAUGUGAUGAGAUUAUGCAUCAUUCCAUUUUAUCAACAUCUCUAUUAUUCUGAGAGAUUUACUAUUAUGUUUUUCUACUUUGGAAAUAAUAAGCAGUGGUUAUUUUAUACAACUGAAAUAAAUGAUUGGCAGCACUAUAAAUGAUGAGUAAAAUGCACAUACAUAACUACGACUAAUUUAGCUGACCGAAGCGACUAUGGUAACAGUAUGCCUACACACAGAUGUUGGUCAAAGGGGAGUCAUGACAUGGAUGAGAACAGAGAGCUUAUUUCUUUGAUCACUAAUUUAGCUGACCGAAGCGACCAAAAAGCGGAGCCAUGACAUGGGUGAGAAACUGAGAACAGAGAGUCUAGAACCUUUUUAGCGUGAAAAACGAUUUCCAGUGAGAAAUUGAGAAACUUAAUGAUUGGAGAUUUCAACAUGAAAUUCAGAAUCAUCUUGAAAGUGGGUUUCUAACAUUUGAAACGUCAUGUUGAUCAAUUACAUUGGAAUUCAAAAAGAUUACCACUUAAUCUGAUUAUCCAUUAUCAAUUUUUGAGGCGUAUUAUAUUAAUAAUAUAAUGAUAAAAUUGGGAAAAUUUCAUUUUUACCACUUUAUUGGUACCAUUAUUCAUGUUUAUCAUUACUAAAGAAACAUUUUUAAAAAUUACUUCUUCAUGAAGAAUUAAGAAGCAAAAAAACUCGUAUACCUUUACUUUCUAUAUAUAAUAAAUAAUUAUUUAAAUAAAUGAAAUAUAAUGAAAAAUAUUUUUUUUAUGUUUUUGAAAUAUACAUUUUCAAAUUUGAACUUUUUUAUUUUUUUUUUCGAUUUUUUUUUUAAUUUUCUUUUUGAGAUUUGAAAAUUCUUUUUGAAACUAAUUUUUUAAUUUAUAUAUAUAUUAGAACCCUAAACUUCACAUUCCAAAAAUCCUACUCCACCCAUCAACUCUAAACUCUAAUUCUAGAUUGAUUAACACGAUAGUUAUAAAUGUAUUUUCUCUCUUUAAAAGUGAGAAUAAAAAUGGUACCAUGAAUGUGAUAUUUUGGCACUCUAAAAUUUAAUAUUUAUUAAUAGUAUACCAAUGACUUUAAUCACUCAAAAUUUUACGUUAUAAUUUAAUUUCCUUUUUCCUUUUUUAUAUUUUUAAUUAAAAUUUUGUGAUGGAAAAUAGUUUUUGGAUAAUAACAGAAUACAUAAUAUUUUCAAGAUAAUAACUAUCAAAAUCACUAAAUAUUUUUUCUAUUAUUUAGAAUUUAAUUUCUUUUUUACUUAAUUAAUACAUAACUGAGUUUUAAAAAAAAAGAACAUGUUCAAACCCUAAUAUUAUUUUAAAAAAAUGUUCAGCAGCUCGUUCAAGAUUUCCUCAGAUAUUUAUAGUCAGUUUGUCGUCCACAUGGAUGCGGAGUUUCCAAAUUAAGUUUGGAGAGUCAUCAUGAAUCUGUUUAUCUUGAUGACAAAAAAAAUAAAAUAAACUUUAACUUCUUAUUCUUUAUAUUCCCUUGUAACAAACUCCAAUGAAAAACUUAAAAUUGGAAAAGUACGAAUUCAAAAACAAGUUCGUAUUACUAAUUUCAACAUUAGAUGUUUUUCUGUAUAUGCGGCUAUAAUCUUCUUACGAAUGUUUAUAUUUUAUUAAUUCAAAUAUUCUUGACAAUUUUUAACCAGACAUCAAAUAUUUGUAUAUGAAAAAGUUUUUCAUAAAAAUAAAUAUGAUUCUAUUGAGUCAAAUUUUUUAACACUCACAUAUUAAAAAUAUUUUUAAAAUAUCUUUAUUCAAAUUUUUUUGAUUAAUUAUUUUUUAAUUAUAUUAUCUUAAUUUUUUAACUUUUAUAAUAGAAAAAUAUUAUUUUCAAAGAAAAACAUAAUAUAUAUAAGAAUUAUCUUUAUUUUUUAAAAAAUAUGAUUGACAAUAAAUAAAUAAAUGUACCACUGGUUUGAUAAUAUUUAGGCGAAUUCUUUUGUUUUAAAAUAUCUUUUUUUUUCUUUGCAUGUUCUUUUUGUAUGUUUCUUUAGGACAUGUAAAUGUGUACUGCUUUGUACCGGUAGAAUAUAAACAAGAGCUUUUGUGAUAACCAGGUUGUGGUAACACAUAUUAGCAAAAUUUACAGUUGUGAAAAAAGAAUUUUUACAGCUAAAGACUAAUAAAUUAAAAUAACAAACUGUAUAUUCUAUCGAUGAUUUUAUAUUAUUAAAAUCCAAAAAUAUAUAACUUUUUAAUACCAAAAAUAUAGAUAUAAUCCUUUCAUGACAUAUAAGAGAAGAAUAUUUUUAUAUAAUUUUAAUAAGAUAAUAUCAAAUAUUUGUUUAGGUGAUAAUUAUCUAUUUUUUUAAAACUGUUUAUUAUUUAAUAUAAAUAUUAUUAAAAUUAUUUAAUAAAACCAUUGACUCACCUAAAAUGUUUUUUUAAUAUAAUAAUAAAUAAGAUAAUAUCAAAUUUUUUAAUAGAUGAAAUAUUGUAAUUUUCAUGAUUCCAAAAUUGCUUAUUAUUAAGAUAUAUAAUAAAAUAUUUAUGAGAAAACUAUUAAUUAAGCUCAAAAUCAUAGAGAAGAUGAUAAAUCAACAAAUUCACUUCUCAAAUAAUAGUAUAGAUAUGUAGAUAAUUAGUUCAUAGUAAGAAAAUAAAAUCUAAAUAUAAUUUGUAAUACAAAUUUUAUUAUUUUAAGAUUUUGGAUAAUUAUUAUUAAUUUAAUCACUAAUCUAAUCAAAUUAAUUUUAAAUUAUUUUUUUUUGCUAAUUUAUAUAUUUUAUUUAUUAAUGGUGUAAAUGAUAUUAGUAUAUAUACUUUAAUUAGAGGUAUAAACCUAAAGAAAACUAUAACUUAUCAAGUUUAAACUGUGAAUCUUAAGGGUAUACAUGAUUUUUUUUUAUGAGCAUUAUUUUGUGACCUUAUGUAUGUUAUUUUGGGAUUAAAAACUUUUUGGUGAUAUUUAUAAAUAUUUAUCAUAUGUAUGUAUUAGUUACAGGCCCGGUCCGUUGCUUUUAGGGCUGGAAUUAUUAUCUGAGAUCCGGAUUCCAUCCGAGAUCCGAUCCAGAGUUGGUCCAAAAAUCCGGAUAUCUAGAGGGGUGGAUCCGGAUUCGGAUAGUAAAAUGUUGGAUCCAUCAAAACCGAAUGUGGAUCCGGAUAUCUUGAUUUUUUUAGUCUGGAUAUCCAAAUCUGUAAUUUUUAUUGAUAAUUAUUUCAUAUAAAUUAAUUUUAUUUAUUAUAUUUUCAUUUUAUAAUAAUAUAUAUAAAUUUUGUAGUAGCAUAUAUAGAAAUAAUUAAAAAAAUUAUUUACAUUUUUCUUUUUAAAUUAUUGUUAAUAUUUUAAUAUUAUUGUUUAUUUUUUUAAGGAUCCAAAUCCUGAUAUCGCCGAAUAUUACAAUUUUUAAAAGGAUAUCCAAUAUCCGGGAACCCUGGAUAUGGAUACCUUAAAAUUAAUUUUCCGAAUACCCACGAACCUUGCCACCAUGAAAGACUAAUGACAACUUCAACCACUAUGCCAAAGUUAAGUUUUACGAAUUUGCUGACCUUUAAAUAAUUAACGUAAUUUGACGCAAGCAUGGGCUUUGCCAGGUUUAACCAAACUCUGAUUAUAUAUAAUGAAAAAAACUAAUAACUAUUAGUUUCAUGUAAUCAAGGAUAUUAUACCAGAGGGUGAAAAGGUAGAUCAAUUGUACAAGCAAAGCUCAAAACUUGGUCGCUUAUUGUAUCUACUUAGAUCAUUGUUGGAAAUUUUCAUAGACAUUGACAUAUAAUUUGACCUUUAAUCGUCUCAAUCAAAUGACUUACAUUUAUAAAUUACUUUUUUUGGAGAAAUUUUGAAAAUCAAAUUUUUCUACAGCAGAUUACAUUACUUAAGAUUAUCUUAUUGACAAAAUUGACAUUUUUUAUCUUUCAUUGAAAUUUCGGCGUGAAUCAAGUAUGAACAUCGAAGUUUCAGAUACCCCAAAUGUACAAAUAACUUACAUUCUAACCAGACUUUGACGAUUUCGUCGUCUGAAAACAGUACAGAAUUAUCUGAUUUACAAAAACUUCAUAGAAGUUACGUUUAACAUUUCAAAGGUAAUAUAACCAUGACGAGUGAUGAGGCAAUGUCCAAACAUAUGAAUGAAAUAAAUAGGAUAUUAAACCAUGUGCAAAUCUAAUCCCAUAUGUUUAGAGAAUAGAUUAGCUAUCUUGCAAUUGAAUGUAAACAAAAAUGAGUAAGCGGAAGUGAAUCGUGUGGAAACGUGGAAUCGGUUUUAAAAAUAGAUUGUAUCAGUUUUAAAAGACAAUUAAAAAUUAUAUGGUUCAAAAUCAAAAUCAUAAUCAAAAUCAUUAUAUUCCUUUUAAAUACACUAUCACUACUAUAAAUAUUCGCUACAAUUAGGGCCUAGUCAUAGAAAAAUCAUGGUUAUAGAGUCGAAUAUCAUGGUUAUAUAAAUAAUAGUUAUGUUUCUCAAAUGAAAAAAAAAUCCAUGACUAUAGCUUUGCGGUUAAAAAAAGUGUGGAUAUUUAGCCAUGAGUAUUGAUUUUGCCACGAUAAUUUUGUAAUUAAAAUAACUACGGGUUUGUCACUAUUUUAUCGUGGGUACAAAUGAUUCAACCAAUAUGUUAUUAGAGACAAAAUCGAUAGUUAUAAAGGAUCUUUUAAUAAUAUAUAAAAUAUAUGGUCUAGUUCACUUAUCACCAAUUGAUUUUGGGUUGGAAACUCAUCUAGAUUAAUAUGGAUCGAUUCACAUCGACCCGAUCCAAAUUUGGACGUCGAUCAUUGUCCGAAUAUUUCGAGGUUGACGCUAAAAAACCAUCAUUUUGAAGGGAUGUAUUAGAAACAAAGUCUCACAUAUCGAUAGGUUGAAAUGUUCUUUAAUAAUAUAUAAGAUAGAUGGUCAAUUCACUUAUUACGAGUUGGUUUUAGAUUGGAACUAUAUCUAACUUAAUAUAUGUAUGUUGAUAUUGCUGGAGUUUAUUAAAUUUAUGUCUAAUUUUAUAUUGUUUGAUUAGUACAAUAUUGUUCAUUUUGGAUCUUAUGCAAACCUGCAUAGUUUUAGUUUUGUUUUUUUUUUCCAAAAUGUCUGAUACUAAUAAUAGUUAGACAUAUUUUUAUAUAUUAGACUUUUCUUUGCAUAAUUUUCAAUGUGCUGAUUUUAUUUGAUAUCUUGCCGAUAUUAUGUAAACAAAAACAAAAUAAAUUUUGUUAGUUAUUUAUAAAUUAAAAUAAAAAUAUUAAAUAUAUAUAAUUACAUAUAUUAUACAUAUCACCGUCACUCCACACAUCCAUCACCGUCAAGCUCGUUCCAUCCAUCUCUGACAUCUCCAGCACCACCAGGUCCACCACUGCUUCUUCAUACCGUCGCAUCUUCUUCCUCUGAUUAUGCAUGUCGUCAUUUCCUUUCACGCAUCCAAAAUCUUUAUCGACGGUAUCUUCUUCAAGCUCAACAUUAGAUGCAAUAAUCUCAUCUUCUUUUUUCUCCUCCUCCUCCACUUUGGGUUUUAGCUCUCCAGUUUCCUCCAUAUCUUACACCCAUCCCGGCCUCUAAGCCAAAGAAGGUUGUUCUCACUGCCCACUAAGUGAAACGAGCCAUUCAGUCCGUUUUAUCUUAAGUUCAAGUCGACCAAUUAGUGAUUCAUGUUAUAGAGUCAAUAUGAUGAAGUAUUAGAGAUAAGAUAAACUGAUUCUUUGUUUAUAUCAUAAAGGAUUCGUUACAAAUGGGCGUUUUACCAUAGUUAAGGAAACUAAUCACAUCAUCAGCCAAGUGUUUUUCUAAAUACAUGGAAUCUCUUAAACAUUAUUUGAUAUUUGUUUUUUCGAAGUUUGCUUAUGUGUCGUCAUCACAUUCAUUUUCAUUAGAAAAGAUUAUAUUAUUUACAAAAAAUGACAUGAUAUGAAAAUAAUUGUGACAUAGAUAUUUACAUUAAUAUUAAUUUAACUUUUUAGUAAAAAUUUUAGAAUAUGGUAAUAACUCAUAUAUCAUCAAUAAUUUAAUAUUCAAAAAGAAGUAUAAUAAUUUUACAAAUUUUGAAUUAUUAUUUAAUUAUAUUUUUAUAGUCAUAUAAUUUUCAUUACUAAAACAUUCUUCAAAUUGUAUGCAACUUUUAAAAAUUAUAAUUUUCUAAUCCUAAUACAUUAAUUUCCCUUUAAUAUCUACAAAUUUUAUAAAUACUAUUUAUUUCAAAAUAUAUUGUAAAUUCAAAACUUUUGUUUCUGUACAUGGUGCAAGAAAACACCUAAUUUGAUUUUUACAUGAUUUGAUAUACUAUUAGAAAGGUUUAUAAAUAUAGGAAAGAAUACCUAAGACCUUCAACAAAAUUUAAAGUACAGUGAAACCUGUAUAAAUUAAUACUGUUGGGACUACAUCAAAACUAUAAUUUUUUAUUAAUUUAUAGAGAUAUUAAUUUAUCGAUACACUAAUUGAACUAAACUUAAUUUGGGACUAUAAAAUUAUAUUAUUUUAUAGAAAUUUUUAGUGUAUAUUAAUUUAUAGAGUAUUAAUUUAAAGAUGUUAUACUGUAUGUUGAAAAAAAAAAUUCAGAUAACAUAGACCAAAUAAUUAAAAAAAAUAAAUUUACAGUCAAACUGGGUUCCAUUAGUAUAGAUCUGUGAGACCACCUCCAAUGGAGAUUCUUUAAUUAGAAUUCUACUAUUAAAAAAUACAGAAAUAAAAAAAUAGGAGAGAAAGUGAAGAAAAGUUCUAAAACAAGUGUUUUUAUUACCACUUCUAAACUUUUACAUUCCACAUGUCUUGUAACUAACAUUUUAGAAUUAAAUAAAAAAUAAAAAAUUUAGUUAUUCAAUUAAAUUUCUUCUUUUUUUUUAAAUCUCACCGAGUUUUUAAUGGUUGGAGAUGUUCUGAAUCACUUAUAGUGACCACGCCAAUGCAAUUUCUAAGAAGUUUGUUUUCUUCUGACCAGCAAAAAUAUAUGUAUAAAAUUUGGAGUCAAUAUUCAAAGCUGAGACCGAAUGUAUAAAUCAAUUUAAAUUAAGGAUCUAUAAAUAACUAUAGGAAAUACAACAGAUUAUCUAAAAACACCACUUUCAGUAAGUUCUCUCUAUUCAACACAAAAAUGUCUGAACAUGAAGGAAAAUAUGCGAUGAAAGUCACUGAAGGGCAAUGGACCACCGGUUUAUACGAUUGUUUCUCCGAAGAUAUCCCUACAUGUAAUAACAUUAUUCAGCUUUAUAACUAUUUCCUAUUCGUGUUCCAAAAUAAAAAUUACUAUUUUCUUAUUCAAAUGGUUUAGUCAUAACCAUCUUUUUGGUUUUUGCUUGUAUAUAUUGUUAUAAAGGUUGCUUUACAUGGUUUUGUCCUUGCGUUGCAUUUGGGAGGAUCGCUGAGAUUCUUGACAAAGGCGAAACAGGUAUGAUCUUUUUUAUACUACUAUUAUAGAUUCUCACAUCACUAAUGAGAUGAAACCUAAUCCAAAACAUGUAAACUGUAUUUUGGGUUAAAUUUUCUGGACCAUUUAACACUUUUACAGAAUUGUUGCCAAAAAUAUAUAUUAUAUUAUAUAACUAUGUAUUUAAAUCAUUGUCAAAUGGUUAUUAGUUAAAAUCUUAUUAUUUAUAAUAAAUACGGGUUAGAUGAAUUUUACUAUUCUGAAUGAAUAAUCAUUUUGAGAAAAUGAUGAUUAUUUUAAAAAUGAAAGUGUGAGACAUUUACGCCAAAAAACAAUAUACAAUGCCGCUAUUUUUACAGGGUUGAUAUCAUAUGUCACUUUCAAACAUCGUUGCUUACGAUAAGAAGUAAAAACUUUUUUUCUCAUCAUGAUACCUUUAUAUGCAAUGUAUUUGUAUCUACAAUACGUGUUAGCAAAUUGGUUAAUUGAUGGAUAUGGAAUUAAGGCCAAGGAUUUGCUGGAUUAAUGGUGGUGGCAAUGUCUCACAUUGGAUGUGGAUGGUACUAUGCUUCAACAUACAGAGCCAAAUUGAGGCGCCAAUACUCCUUGCCCGAGGAGCCUUGUUCCGAUGGCGCCAUCCACUUCUUCUGCUGUUCAUGUGCUCUUUCUCAAGAACACCGCGAACUCAAAUAUCGAGGUCUUGAUCCCUCUCUAGGUAACCAAUCUCUAUUCUCUCCUCUUUUUAGCAAUGAUGCUAUUUUUAAAUUUAAGGGCACCAGUAAUCAUAGAGACUGUAUAUACUUUCAGAAAAAUGAAAAAUAUAAUAUCUAGUUAUAUAAUUUUAUUUUGCUUUUUAAAAAUGAAUUAGUAUAUAAAAUGCCAUAUAUGUAUUAUGAGUUUCUAAUAAAAGAAACUUUAUUUGCUCUCUCUAUUACUUUUGGAUACUUUUAUUUAUUCUAAUGGUGAGAACAGACUGCCAGUAAUAGUUGAUUAAGGGUGCUUUUCAACACAUAAAGCCACCACAAACAAAUUGGACUAGGGAAGGCCAUUGACAUUCUUUAAUUAGUAUUAAAUUCUUGUUUGAAGAAAUUCUUCAAACUAGAAUACACUAUUUAUGUAGAAAACAAAUAAACUAAACGACAAAGACUUUUUUGUUAAAAAAAGACUUAUUUGUUUGUUUGUUAAGAACGACUAAGACAAGACUUUAAUUAAUCUUUUUACAGAGACUACCACUUUAAUAACAUAGAAAUAGAAUAUAUCAGGAAACCAGCUGCUGCAAGUCAUAGGAAAAUUAUAUGUCUCGAGAAAUGACAUAGUUGAUUUAUCGAUUCGUAAUUACAUAUUAAACAGACUGGAAAAUACAGAAUGGCUAGGGUAAAUAUUUUUAUCAUGUUAGUGUACAAAUUCCAAGUAGUAAAUUGCAUGUACAUUAUAUGCGAAAUAAUUAGCAUAUAUCUAUUUAUGGGUAGAAAUUUAUAUACCAAAGUUUAAUUUCUAAAUAAUGGAUCUAAAUAAUUUUACUUCUUUAAUACUCCCUUUGUUUCAGAAAAAAAUAUGUUUUAGAAUUUUUACAUUUAUUAAGAAAAUAUAUGAGAUUUUAGUUAUCAAUACAUUAUUUUCCGUAGUUAGCUAUUUCCUACAAUUUUUAACCAAUAAGAUUUUAACAAACACAAUUAUAUUUUUUGAAGUUUACAGUUUACAAUUAGUUUAUGCAUAAUGAAACUGUAAAAAAUGUAUUUUUUUGAAACAGAUUUUUUUUUCUAAAAUAUGGAUCUCUUAGAAAGAGAGUGAGUAUAUGAGAUUAGCACCAUAUUAUCAUAACUUGAUGAGUAAAACCUACUGGUAAUGGUUUGUAAAGACUCUCUUUUUUGGCAUCGUUUAUAGACUCAUGGAAACAAAUGUGAUCUCGUAUCCUAAAAUCAAUUAUCAAAAGAAAUCGAAGGUGUGAGAAAAUUUUGAUACUCCAUAAGGCUAUAGUUAAUUAGCUCAUCUAUUGAUCAACAGAAACAAAAUUUAGUUACUAUUAGCAGCUUAACAAUAAUAAAAAUAUUUUUAUUAUUUUGGAAAAUUAAGGGUGGGAAGGAAACAUUGAGAAAGGAACAUCGAACACUACUACGCCACCGUUUGUAACGUCAAGCAUGGACCGCUGAAGAAACAAAUAAUGGUUAUAUAUAAUUUGAUGUUGUAAAUAUAAUAUUUGUUUUAAUGAUAAUUUUGUGUGAUAUCUUCUAUGUGAAUAUCCUGUAAUAAAAGAAUAUUUGCAAUCCUGUUUGGCUGUUUUAAAGUACUGUAUAUGUUGGCAUCCGGACGCGGGUAAGAUGGUGCUUUGAUACAUGUUUUUUCUAAGGCAUCUACCGAGAAAAAAAUUGUGGUAACUUCUGUUUCCUCUUUUCCAAUAUUGAAAGAAUUUCUAUUUCAUUAUGAAAAAAAAUUAUUCUCUCUGUUUUUUUUAGUAAGUGUUAUUUUGACAUUUUUCACACAGAUUAAAAAGAUUGAUUGAAAUGUAUUUAAAUUGUUAUUAAUUACAUCUAUUUAACCAAUAAUAUUUGAGAUAAAUAAAAUUAUUUAUAAAACCAAUACAGUUUGCAAUUAAUUUUCAGAUUAAAAUAAAUAUAAUUUGCAUUAAAAUUUUAAAGUGACAUUUUCUAUGUAACAAAAAGUGUUAGAAUGACAUUUAUUAUGUAACAUAAAGAAUACUUUA